GCAGUUUUAUAUUCACGGAGUCAGCUGACGCUCUGCAUUGCAGACUGCGGAGUCAAGCGGCGUCAUGUGCACCCUCUUCCUUCUGGCCAGCCUGCUGGCCGCGGCUGUAGGCGGCCCUGUUCACAGUCUGAAACAAUGCUCCGGAGGCUCCGCGGUGUGGUGCCGGGAUGUGCAGGCAGCGGCUGACUGUGGGGCCGUGAAGCACUGCCUGCAGAUGGUCUGGAGCAAGCCCGUGGUGAAAUCUCUUCCCUGUGACAUAUGCAAACGAGUCAUCACUGAAGCAGCAGACUUGCUGAAGAACAAUGAUACUGAGCAAGAGAUCCUCAUGAACUUGGAGAAGACCUGUGACUGGCUUUCUAAGCCAGAGCUGUCUGCCAAGUGCAAGGAGAUCGUGGACGCCUACCUCCCAGUCAUCUUGGACAUGAUUAAAGGAGAAAUGAGCCGUCCGGAGGAGGUUUGCAGCGCCCUCAGUCUCUGCGAGUCUCUUCAGAAGCACCUGGCAGAGCUCAAUCACCAGAAACAGCUCGAGUCCAAUAAGAUCCAGGAAAUGAACAUACCUGAGAUGCUACCUCCCUUCAUUGCCAACAUCCCCCUCCUCCUCUACCCCCAGAAUGAACCCCACAGCAAGCCCCAACACAAGGUUGGUGCGGAUGUUUGCCAGGACUGCGUUCAGAUGGUGACCGACAUCCAGAAUGCUGUGAGGACCAACUCCACCUUUGUUGAGGCCUUUGUGGAGCAUGUCAAGGAGCAGUGUGACCACUUGGGGCCUGGCAUGGCUGACAUGUGCAAGAACUAUAUCAACCAGUAUUCUCAAAUUGCUGUCCAGAUGAUGAUGCAUAUGCAGGAUCAGCAACCCAAGGACAUUUGUGCGUUGGCUGGGUUCUGUGAUGAGGUGAAGAAGAUGCCCAUGCAGACUCUGAUCCCUGCCAAAGUGGCCUCGGGGAAUGUCAUCCCUGCCCUGGAACUGGUGGAGCCGAUUAAGAACGACCUGGUCCAGUCAAAGUCAGAUGUUAAGUGUGAGAUGUGUGAGUACUUGGUGAAGGAGGUGGUCAAGCAGAUCGACAACAAUAAGACUGAGGAAGAGCUCCUUAACACUUUGCAUAAACUGUGCUCAAAAUUGCCCAUAUCCGUAUCUGAGGAGUGCCAGGAGGUGGUAGACACUUACGGCACGUCUAUCCUGAAGAUGCUGGAGACAGAGGCUACGGUGGUUUGUAGCCUUCUCCAUGUCUGCCCCUCCCGGGAGCUGCCCCCACUGACUGCACGAGUGACCCAAAAGAAGAAGAAUGGUGGCUUCUGUGAGGUGUGUAAGAAGCUGGUAGGCUAUUUGGAGCACAACCUAGAAAAAAACAGCACAAAACAGCAGAUCCUGGAUGCUCUGGAGAAAGGCUGCAGCUUCCUUCCUGACCCGUACCAGAAGCAGUGUGAUCAGUUUGUGGCCGAGUACGAGCCUGUGCUGAUCGAAGUCCUGGUGGAGGUGAUGGACCCGUCUUACGUGUGCCUGGUAAUUGGAGCCUGUCCCACCGCUCAAAGGCCUCUCUUGGGAACUGAGAAGUGUGUCUGGGGUCCAAGCUACUGGUGCCAGAACAUGGAGUCAGCCACCCAGUGCAAUGCUGUCGAGCAUUGCAAACGUCAUGUGUGGAACUAGAAGGAAUGUUCCAUCUGGGAGAACCUCCAGCACCUUUUCCUACUUGUGUGUCUAAGGGAACAGUCACACAGAUCCAUUGACUGUUAAAAACUAGGACCCCCUUACCUUCAUUCUCAGCUCCCUUAUUGUAGCAUUGCCGUCAGUGUGGGCACCUGACCUGCCACUGACAUAGCUGCUUCAGUGUCCCCUUUUCUCUCUGCUAGCUGGAUGGCGACAUACUGAGGUCUUUCAGCCUGCUCUAGCAUGGUGGCUACCUGGAGAGUGGGCUCCGGUUGUUGGCACGAGCCAGAGCUUCUUGACAGAAAGUUUCCAUUUUUGCUGGGGCCUGAGGCCUCUGCUAAGGAGAGCCCUUGGCGUGGUGGUCGCUAUACAAAGAAGCAAAACAAAGGUGGUUUUAUAUACAAGACCAGAAACUCAAAGUGGAGUUUUAAACAAUAUAGUUCCCAUUGUAAUAGAGGUCUUGGAAGCGGCUGCUCAGCAGACCGGGGCAGGCUUAGCACUGUGGUCCUGGGCCUGCUCUUUCCUGCCUCUUCCCUUGGUGAUGCCUUGUUUGGGGUUCUGCGGGAGGGGGAAGCUACCGGAUUGUAACCUGCUAGCUGUGUGUGGAGGCCCUGGCUUUGUGUGUUCGUAUGUAGACAGUGGUGACCACCUAGUGCUUGCUCUUGUGGCUCUGCUUUGUGCUCCUGCCCACUGUCGCUCCGCCCCUCUGUAGAUGCGCUUUUGCCUUUCAAAGUGCGGGUGAAGCUCCUGAGCCUCUGGCUUCCUGGUGGAGGGUCCACUGUCAGGGGCCCUGGCUGCUGCGUCUCUUCUGGUUGCCAGGAGACAGCAAACAAAGCCAGUAAGAUGUGCAGUUGCUAUCAAAUGGACUUAAUUUUGUUUUGUGAUUUCACAAUAAAGUUGUGUUAACCAGA